AUGGGGAGCGAGAAUAUUGUGGUUAAAUUUCAACCAGCUGCCUCCCUGCUCUGUUUGAUCCCCGCCCGCAGGCCCGGGCCCCUGGCGAGCAGGCGGCGCGGCGGGGGCCGGAGCCCCGGGGGUGCCACCCCGCGCCCGCUCGGCCGCUCGGGAGCCCCCGCAGGACGCCCCGCCAAGGGGGGCGAAGGCUGUGAGGGGACCGGGCGCACCUUGGGGCGGCGGCGGGGCUGCCCCGGGGGGCAGGUGGCGGCGGGCACCCCCGGUGGGGUGGGCUGCGGGGCUCGCAGGGGGGAGGAGGCUGCGGGCGGCCCGGGGCAGGUUCCACGGGGAGGAGGCGAGAGAGGGAGGGCGCUGGGAGGCUGGGACACGGGCAGGGUGCGGUCCUGGCGGUUCCCGGUCCCGGAUCUCUUCAAUUUCCCCUCUCACUCCUGCCCAGGGAGCCGAGGCAGCGGCGGCUCGGGCUCCGGCUCCAGCCUCGCCGCGCUGACCGCCGAGGCGCAAACCGCGGAGGGCUCCGGCAGCGCCGAGCCCCGCGCCCCGCGCCCCGCAAGCGGCCGCUCGCCUGCCAAAACAAACGGCCCUUCGCUAUUUAUUGCCGCCGCCGGGCCACGGCAGCUCAGAGCGGGCCGACGCCAGCUCGCCGCACCGGGCAGCCGGAGCGCACCCGCGCCGGGCAGCCGCCGCGCCCCGCUGCUGCUGGCGCCGGCCGUGCGCGGCUGCGGGCCGGGCAGGGUGGUGGGCAGCCGCCGCCGCCCGCCCCGCAAGCUCAUCCCGCUCGCCUACAAGCAGUUCAGCCCCAACGUCCCCGAGAAGACGCUGGGGGCUAGCGGCCGCUACGAGGGCAAGAUCGCGCGUAACUCGGAGCGCUUCAAGGAGCUGACGCCCAACUACAACCCCGACAUCAUCUUCAAGGACGAGGAGAACACUGGCGCCGACCGGCUCAUGACCCAGCGCUGCAAGGACCGCCUGAACUCGCUGGCCAUCUCUGUCAUGAAUCAGUGGCCAGGGGUGAAGCUGAGAGUGACGGAGGGCUGGGAUGAGGAUGGGCACCACUCGGAAGAGUCGCUACAUUAUGAGGGCCGAGCUGUGGACAUCACAACCUCGGACAGGGACCGCAACAAGUACGGCAUGCUGGCUCGCCUGGCCGUGGAGGCUGGCUUCGACUGGGUCUACUACGAGUCCAAGGCACACAUCCACUGCUCCGUCAAGUCAGAGCACUCAGCCGCUGCGAAGACGGGGGGCUGCUUUCCCGGGCGGGCGCUGGCAACGCUGGAGGACGGUGCCCAGACGCCACUGUGGGCACUGCGCCCAGGCCAGCGAGUGCUGGCAAUGGACGGGGCAGGCAGGCCCACCUACAGUGACUUCUUGGCUUUCCUGGACAAGGAGCCCCGUGCCCUCACCACCUUCCACGUCAUCGAGACCCAGGAGCCGCCGCGGCGCCUGGUCCUGACGCCCACCCACCUGCUCUUUGUGGCAGAGAACGCGUCGGCGCCCGCCGCCCGCUUCCGUCCCAUCUUUGCCAGCCUGGUGCAGCCGGGACACUUCGUGCUGGUGGCGGCUGGGGGGGGCAGCUUGCAGCCUGCUGAAGUGGUGCGGGUGUGGGACCGGAGGGAUGUGGGAGCCUACGCCCCGCUGACACGCCAUGGGACACUGGUGGUGGACGGCGUGGUGGCCUCGUGCUUUGCUCUGGUGCAGGAGCAGCAGCUGGCACAGAUGGCAUUCUGGCCGCUCCGGCUCUACCACAGCCUGGUGGGGUGGCCAGGGGUGCAGGGGGAUGGUGUGCACUGGUACUCAGGGCUGCUCUACCGCCUGGGCAGGCUGCUCCUGCCCCCUGACAGCUUCCACCCACUGGGAAUAUCCCAGGCGGAGAGCUGAGGGUGCACCACGGCCCCAGCCAGCACAGCUGGUGGGGGUGGUGGCUGCAGGGUGACUCGCUGGGGGCCAGCACCCCCUCCCAAAGCUGGGUGCCCAUGGGGAGCUGCCUCCAGCCCUGCCUGCUUGGGGUACAGCCACCUCCUGGUUGGGGGGCACCAAAGCUCCGUGGUGUGCCUCCUCCAUGUUCACCAUGUUCACCACCCCCUCUUCACCCCCUGUUCCUGGGGACAGGAGGGAGGCAUGAAGGGUUUCCCCCGGGACAGGGGCUGCCCCUGGCUGGAUCCACAUGCUGCUAUGUGUGUGUGUGUGUGUGUGUGUGUGCAAUGUGUGUGUGUGUGCUGAAUUAGCUGAGAGAGGUCUGAAUGGGAGGGGGAAGAGGAGAGAGCCCUGGCUGCUCCACUGAGGUUCCCAGCCUGUCUGCACCCAGUGGGGAAGUUUUGGGAGAGGAGCCCAGGGCCCUUUGCUAGCAGCCUGGGUAGGAAGGCAGGCAAUGCUAUUUCCACCCCUGGGACAUGGCAGCUGGAAGGAGGGUGACCCAGGUACUGGGACUGUGCCUUGUCCUUAGCCCAAGUACAGGGCCACCCAUACAGGCAGGGGUGGGGGGUCUGGCACAGCUCUGGCAUGAGACCUCCGACUUUGUGACACAAGUUCCACUGGAGCGAGAGACUGGGGAGUGAGAUGCCAUCUCUGCCCAAAGCCAGCACAGAGGCACCCAGCUGGGCAUCCUGUGGGGCUGCUGUGACAGCAUGGGGCGCUCUGGCUGGCAAGAGGGGCUGCAGAGGCAGACACAUGGGCAGAAGGGUGCAAAUGCCAGCCAGGCAUAGACACACUGGUAAGAGCAGGGGUGGGGAGAGUCAGGGCUGCAACCCCAGCCUGCUGGAGCCUGAAGAAAGAGGCAGUGGAGACAAAAACCUUUCCCCACCCCAAAGCUACAAAAACUCUUCAAGUUUCAUGCCCUGGCUGGCCUGACCUCCCCAAGUCGCCAGUACCCCAAACCCUCAGGGUAAUUCAUUGCUGCUCACCCACUCCUGGGACCUGGGGAGAGUCCCAUCAGAGCUGCAGCCACAGUUCCCCCACUCCAAAUCCUAGCUGGAGCCUCAGCCCCCCCUAGCUCCACACGAGUGGAGGGGGCUGAGGGAGGCAGUGACCCGUGUCCCCCCUGUAGCAUCACGCGUCUUUAUUUAUUUAUCUGCUCUUUGUAUGUACCAUAGAUGGGAGGCAGUGUGGGCGCGUGCAGGGUGAGAUGGA